UGUUCCAUUAUCCUUUCUCCCUCCCACUAUCUCCAACCUAAGGGCUUGUGUCUGUAAGAAUGGGAAUAUUGGAAGAAAUACCUUUGGAAGAGCAGCAGCUCCCCUGACCCCAGGGCUGUCCAUGGCCUCUGGGCUUCCAGAGCUCUGUUCCUGGGCACAGGGAUCCCAAGAGACUCAGGUGUUUCCCAGAUGUGCUUCCUGGGAUUCCUUCCCCAGGGAUUUCUUUGCUAUUCUAUUGUGAAUGAAGCAAGGAGAAAGGAGACAAGAAAAUACUGAAUUUUGGGGAAACAAGACCAGCUCACCCAGGGAAGGCAGACUGGUAGAGCAGGAUCCGAACAGUGUAGUGCUCAGCAAACUGUUCUUGAAUCCAAGGAAAACCUGGGUGUGGGGUGUUUGGAUAAAUCUGAACAGGGUGAGGGGGGUUUUAAAAACCCUAAAUCCUGUAGAGAAACAGAGAGGGGAGGGGGCUCCUGGUUUUUCCCUCUGUGGGAACCAGGAGCUCGAGAGGAGGAGGAUCUGCGUUGGACCAGCUUGCCUAAAAACUGGGAGCAGGCACAGCGAAGGGGCCGCGGAGGGGGAUCGGCCCUGCCGAGCUCCAGCAUCGCCGCAUCUCCUGCAGGUCCAGGCGCGUUCCCCCCGCGGCACCGGGCCAAGGGAAACAGCGAGGGGCCGCACGGGGGCCGCUGUUUAUCCUGGAGCCGGAGCCGGGGGCCCCGAGCCCGGGGAUACAGCCGAGCCGAGGGCUCAUUGCCGCAUGGCGCUGCUGCUGGGGGCCGUGCUGCUGGCGGCGGGCGCUGCCGUGCCCGUGUCCCGGUCCGAGCCCCGCUCCGAUAGCCCGGCAAUGCCCCGGUCCGUGCCCGUGUCCCGGUCCGUGCCCCCGGCCCUGCCCGCGCCCCGGGAGCUGGCGCGCUCCGUGCUGGAGACGCACGGGCAGGAGCUGCGGCUGCUGCGGCUGCUGGGAGUCGCCAGGACGAGCUUCGACUGGGGAACGCACUUCAGCAUCAACUUCACGGCCCGGCAGCCGCCCUGCCCCAAGCCCGCCCCGGACCCCCGCGGCUGCCGGGGCCGCCCGGGCAGGGUGCAGCGCUGCUCCGCCCAGGUGUCCGUGUUCACCUUCCUGCCCGACGUGCCGCUGUCGAUGGUGGAGUGCGGCCGGGAGCCGCAGCCCGCUGACAGCGCCCAGCCCCGCUCCCCUGGCACCAACCCAGGUCGCUCAUCCUCCUCCUCCUCCUCCUCCUCAUCAUCAUCAUCCUCGGGGCCCCCCCCGCGGCCUCGGUCCCUGCAGGGACCAUCCCGCCGCCCCCUGUCCCCAACCGAGCUGCAAUAAAGCGAUUUCGGGCUCGGACGUGUGCGUGUGUGGGGUGAAGGUUUGGGGGACCCGGGGGGCGCCCUCGGCCUUGGCCAACAGCGAUGGGGCAACUUUGGGGUUGUGCAACCCCAAACCCGCGGGCACCGACCUGACACGGGCAACGUGUCACCAGCGGGCACCCCGAGGGGUCCUGGCCCCCCAAAUCCCCCCGA